UGAAGCGAUUUGUUUCACUCCUCUCCUCGCCUCUGGGUCUCUGACUUUGAAUCAGCGAAAGGGGUCAUUACCUUCAUUACAACAGAAGAAAUAUUUACCACUUCUUUUUUGGUUAUCCUUCGGGUUUCCUCGUAUUUUUUUAAUAAUGGCUGAUACCGCAGUUGAUACUACCACUACCACCGAGGUUACUCCUAAGGAUCUGAAGGAGAAGAAAGAGGUGGCGGAGGAGGUGGAGAAGACGGAGAAGGAGAACGGCAGCGGAGACGCACCUGCCAAUGGCACAGAGGCAAAUGGUGCUGACCAUGGUGAGGAAACCCCUGAGGAUGAGGAGGAGGAAGAUGAAGAAGCUGAGGGAGAGGGGGAGGAGGAUGAAGAGGGAGAAGAGGGUGCAGAAGAGGAGGCUGAUGGCCACCCUGUGAAGCGCCCAGCUGAGGAAGAGGAAAAAGUUGAAACAAAAAAGCAGAAGACAGAAAACGGUGACUCCACAGAAGCUGAAGCAAAAGCUUAGAGUCUCACUUCAUCCUCAUUAGCUCUGUCCGCAUGGUCAACUUUACCUAGUAGAGGGUUGUGCUUUUUAUGUACAUUUUACAGAACUUUUUUUAAAUACUGUAAUCGCACUGGAUUCCUGUAACAUUACACAACUUUUUGUUUUGUAAAAUGUUAUUUAUUGGUCCUUGUAUGACCAGUUUCUAUUAAUUGCUGCAAAUAGGGCUCAUUUUUAAGAUCCGAGUGCUUUUUUUAUAUGUACGAAACAUCUGAGCUAUGAAGCACAUUUUCUACUUUGUUACCUGACCAGCCGAUGCACACUUGAGCAGCUGUACCCUUUCUUCGUAAGGAAAUAUUCAGACCUCUAUGGUGACCUCUCGAACCCAGUAAAGACCAAAGAUGUUGGAGUUAAGCAGGGGAUAAUAGACGAUUGUUAGCAUUAGAAUCUGAUUUGUUAGGUAUAGUGCCAUUGCUGCUUUUGGCACCCUUUCAUUUCCUUGGCUGAUGUAUGGUACAGCUGAAAACUGAGGCGGGGGCUCCUUUUUUUGGCUAGUUUUAAAUUACGGAACUGUAUUAAGUUAACAAGCUUUUUUUUUAUAGGAGCCUGAUGGCCUGGUGAAAUAUUCUGCAAUGUUUAUUAACCCCUUUCUUAAAUCUGAAAGUUUUGGUCAUUGUUCUGUAUGAAUUUUUUGAACUACUUUUUGUAUUUUUUCAGUGUACAGUUUUAAGUUGUGAUUUUUUUUUUGUGGUCUGAAAAACCCCAGGUUAAAAUUUUACAACGGCUUGUCUGUAAGACUGAUUUGAAUAAUAUCGCAGUGGUGUUCCCUGAGGGUUCAUAAAGUUAUAUAGGCAGCCACAUUAACUCGUACAGUCUGUCCCCUUGAGCAAAGUUUUUCAAUUUGUAUUUUUUUUUUGGUUGCUUGACCACUGCUUUGUAUAUUCUGGUUCUCAAUUAUAAAUAAAUCAGUCUUGUCUUUUU